AACAAAAUUAAAGUAAAACCUCCAUAUCUCUAUAAAGAAAACAUUCAAGUUCAAUGUCAUUUCCAUUCAAUCUGAAAAAAGAAAAAGAAAAAAGAAAGAAAGAGAAUGAAAUCAAAUCUUUAGAUUUAUUUAUUUAAUUUUUCUCUCUUUUGCUCUCAUUUCCUGCAUCUCCGAUCUAUAAAAUUCCAUCGUUUGUUGGAAAGAGCAAGAGAGGAAAAUUAAAUCAAAGAUAAAACGAUUAUUAGCAAUAAAGGACGACAAUGAAGAACUGUGAAAGACUCGCUAAUUUAGCUUUAGCAGGGUUGACAUUGGCACCACUUGUUGUGAAGGUGGACCCUAACUUGAAUGUUAUUUUGACUGCAUGCCUAGCAGUAUAUGUGGGCUGCUAUCGUUCUGUCAAGCCAACUCCACCAUCGGAGACAAUGUCUAAAGAGCAUGCUAUGCGUUUUCCGUUCAUUGGGAGUGCGAUGCUGUUAUCACUUUUCUUACUGUUCAAAUUCUUAUCAAAAGACUUGGUUAAUGCAGUAUUGACAUGCUAUUUCUUUGUGCUAGGAACUGUUGCCCUUUCGGCAACAAUAUUGCCUGCCAUGAAACGCUUCUUGCCAAAGCUUUGGAAUGAGGACCUUAUCAUUUGGCGUUUUCCAUACUUCCGAUCUUUGGAGAUUGAGUUCACAAGGUCUCAGGUCAUAGCUGCAAUUCCUGGAUCCUUUUUCUGUGCAUGGUACGCUUCACAGAAGCAUUGGCUGGCUAAUAAUAUUCUGGGUCUCGCUUUCUGCAUUCAGGGAAUUGAAAUGCUUUCUCUUGGAUCUUUUAAGAUUGGUGCCAUUCUCUUGACUGGGCUUUUUGUAUAUGAUAUAUUCUGGGUUUUUUUCACUCCCGUGAUGGUUAGUGUUGCAAAGUCUUUUGAUGCUCCUAUAAAGCUUUUGUUCCCAACAACAGACUCUGCACGACCGUUUUCCAUGCUUGGACUCGGUGACAUUGUAAUUCCUGGUAUUUUUGUAGCGCUAGCUUUAAGAUUUGAUGCAUCUAGGGGGAAAGGGAGCCAGUAUUUUAAGAGUGCAUUUUCUGGAUACACAGUGGGAUUGGUCCUUACAAUUAUCGUCAUGAAUUGGUUUCAAGCUGCACAGCCUGCACUUUUGUAUAUUGUACCAGCUGUUAUGGGAUUCUUGGCUCUUCACUGUAUAUGGAAUGGAGAAGUCAAACCGGGAUAUGUUACUUGGACUCAAUUGCGAGUGUAGGAUACGGGUAUGUAGCCAACAUGAGUAUGGUUAACUUUUCUAGGUUUUCCAUGUAUUUGAAGGAUCCGUGGGAGGUUAUAUCCCCAUAUCCGUGUGUCGGAAGUGUCGGAUACAGGUAUUUCAUGAAAAAUGAAGAGUCCAAACAACAUAGCUUUAGGGUAUUGAUCCUUUUUCUCCUUUCUUCAUAGGGAUUGAUCCCUAUAAUAUGGGAUUUUGAUCCUUUCUGCUUUACUUAACCUUUCAGAAACUGUCUUCCUUUUUCACAAGCGGAAGAUAUUUUCCGAAAACAAAAAUAGAACGAAUUUUCCUUUGACCAUGAGUUCAUUUUCCGUUGACUGAAUUAUUUUUCAUGAAACAAACACUAGAAAAAUACAAUAAUUGAAGUGAUUUGUCUUCUAUAUUCGGAUUAUGAUGUUGUUGAUAUGCUCUAACAUGAUAUGCAGUUAUUGGAAUUUGAUGAAUCAAAUACUGAAGUUAAAUCUCAGGAAGGCAGCACUGACGAAUAUAGCAAGAAGGU